AUGGCUCCUGAAGGUUUACUGCUGCUUUACUGGCGUGAUUCUUGGGAAUGCAAAGCCAGCAACGCAAGGCCAAGGAACCCAAAGCCAGGAACGCAAAGCCAAGGAACGCAGAGCCAAGGAAACCAAAGCCAGGAACGCAAAGCCAAGGAACUUAAUGCCAGGAACGCAGAGCCAAGGAACCCAAAGCCAGGAACGGAAACAAGGAACUCAAAGCAGGAAAGCCCCAAAGCCAAGGAACCCAGAAGCCCAAGGAACCCAGGAAAUCAAAGCCAAGAAAUGCAAAGCCAGGAACGCAAAGCCAAGGAACGCAGGAACGCAGAGCCAAGGAACCAAAGCCAGGAACGCAAAGUCAAGAACCCAAAGCCAGGAACGCAAAGCCCGCCCGUCUCAACCGAGAGCCAAUCCCAGCCAAAUCCCUUGGAAGUCGCAGAGGCCUCUCCCCAUCAGGAGGGUCCGUCCCUUAGUUACCGCGGGCGUAUACCUGAUGGAGCACCUUCCUUCCUUCCUCGGACGCCCCCGCCUUCUAUCAGGGGCGGUUACAUGCAUCACUAG